UCUCAGUGAGAUGUCUGAUAUAUUUUCUCACCAGAGUUACUGAACAAGCUCAUAUUUCAUUUGAUUUGAUUUCCAGCGAUUUGUCAUUGAGUUGUGGAAAGGAAUCAACGUUGUUGAAGUGGUUUUCCCCAAUUGAUUGCGUAGAAUAAAUUCUGUAAUCAUGGCGGAAGUACCGUAUCAGAAUAUGAGUAACCCCAGCAAUGUGCCAAAAACGGUCCAAUUGGACCCGGAGAGCCAAGUGGAAAUCCGUGGCAUGACUUUUUCCGAAGAAUCUAUUAGGAAGGGAUUUGUACGGAAAGUAUACAUGAUUCUGACUGUUCAACUGGCUAUCACUAUGGCCUUCAUUACACUGUUUGUCUACCACGAACCUGCUAAAAUAUGGACCUUGAACAAUACUUGGAUUGCAACCGUUUCGUUUAUCACCUGUUUUGCGGUGCUGAUAAUUAUGGCAUGCUGUGGUGAAAUCAGACGCACUACGCCUCAUAAUUUCAUCUUCUUGGCAAUAUUUACAGUGGCCCAAGGUCUCAUGCUUGGAAUUUUCACCAUUGCUUAUGAUGCGAAAGAGGUGCUCACGGCGGUCGGCAUUACAUGCGCUAUCUGUUUCGGAUUAACGCUAUUCUCACUUCAAACCAAAUGGGACUUUACAAUGAUGGGUGGCUUCCUGUUCGUGGGACUAAUCAUUGUGUUUAUCUUCGGAAUAAUCGUGGCUUUCUUCCCGGGGAGUGUGGCCAGUUCCGUUUACUCAGCUUGUGGAGCCUUACUUUUCUCGCUUUAUCUGGUGUAUGACACACAAAUAAUGAUGGGUGGCAACCACCAGUAUUCUAUCAGCCCGGAAGAAUACAUUUUCGCCGCUCUCAAUCUCUAUCUAGAUAUCAUCAAUAUUUUCCUUUUCAUUUUGAGAAGAUAAACGACUCAGCGCGAGCGAAGCCUAUCACUCAAAAAGGCCACUAUAUACAGUUUCUACUUUUCGUAACUGAUCUAUAAUAUGACUUAAAAGUGAUAUAUUGGACAAACAUUGGUAUUUUCGUUUCGAAGUAACGAACGUGAUGAAUUAUAGAGGUUUUAAACUUUUCAGUUCAUUCGCCUCUAGUUUCGAAGUAUAUUUUUGCGUUAGUAUUGUACCCCGUCAAUCUUGCCCUGCAUAGAAUAUGAUAUUGGUAUAUUCGAUAUGUGUGAGAUUGCAAAUAAAGUUGCAUUAGUUUAUAGCUGUGUA